AUUUUGUCCUCGCAGAAAUAACACAUGUCACUUUUUACUUCUAGUUGAUAAGCCGACCAGAGUUGGCAAUCUGUGGUAGAGAUUUUUGUGAGUGUUAAAUCAUUUUGCUUUCUUAACAUUUUUUCAGUUCUUAUAAUUUAGUUAUACUCUUACAUUUACUUUUUACGCUUGAUAACACUUCCGAGUUCUUCCUAACUAUUAUGGCGCGAAUUAAUACGUACGUUGGCUUUACAUAAUUUAUUUUUAGCUUUCGGUUAGGAAAUCAUUUUGAAAGGCUUCAAAUUGCCCCGUUUUCUUUCGAUGAUGCGAUCGAAUGAGCAUUAACGAUGAACAGAAACUGCUGAAAUCGCUUGAUCGAUCGAUCAAUCGGUGUAAGAACGAAGUCAAACACAACCGUGAUCUGUCUGUGGCGGAUAAUUGCCUCGAUCGGGUUGCAAUUGAUCACUAAAGAACGGUUAAUACAAUUUUGAAUGCCUCGUGAUUGUAUCUCGUGAUUGUUUCUAUGCUAAGAGUGUAGAGUCUUGGAUCUUGCAAUUGCUGUCUUGUCUAUGGUGAAAACUAAAAGCCCUCUACUAAAGCUCAUACAACACUGUGUAGAGACACUUCACACUUUAUUAUUUCACACUGUUUACUGAAAAAAUAACUCAACAUAACAGGAUUUACAAUGAUAUAGAAAAAAUACAAACAGAAAUUAAUUAGAAGAAAGAAUGUUUAAUCGUGUACAGUGACCAAAGUAGCCAAUGAGCUUUAGAGUUUGUCACUGUCAUGUGUAGAUAUGAGUUGGGGUUGGCCACAUGUUAAGUAUACUUUAAAGAUAUCUGAAAAUGUUUGUAUGAUCAUUUUAUGCAUUCAAAGGGAACAGAAGAAAUGAUUCUGUGGUACUCAAAGCUAAUGAAAUUUAACAGUUAUCCAGUUAUUUGUUAUGAAAUCAUCAACUAAUUCCCAAUUUCUUCUUUUUCAUGGAAGCAUGAAGAUCUGUCCAUAAUGAAUGAAGAUCGUAUAAGAAGAAGGUACGAACAGUGCAGUAGCAUUUUACACUCAAUUUGUGGUUUACCUUGCUGCUUUUAGGAUUUAGUAUGCAGUCAACUCUCUCAUUUCAUUUUGUUAUGUCUAUUAUUUAACCCUUUCACCCCCAAGAUCUCAUUAGUAAUUCUCCUUUCUGUCUGCCAUACAAUUCUCAUGAUAAUAGUUGGGAGAAUUUGGUAUGGGAUCAGCCAACUUUUCUCUUAAUAAUUAUUUUCUUUUUUCUCAUUACUUUUCUGCUUGAUAUUAAUGAUGUGUGGAGGAAUAGUGUCUCAGUCACUCUUUGGAGUCAACUCUUUAACUCCCUUGAGUGACCAUGAAAUACCAAAUUCUCCUAACUAAAUUCAUAAGAAUUUUAGGGUAGAUGGUAAGGAGAAUUACUAAUGAGGUCGUGGGAAUGAAUGAGUUAAAGGGUUUUUAGCACAGUGAUUUAUUAUUUUAUGAUUUAAAUAAACUAUGAUCAAUUUACUAUAAUUGUAUGGUGGAGACACUUAAAUCUCAUGUUAAGUUUCUUAUAUUUAAUUAAUAUUAUAGAAUGAUUAAAUUGUUUUGACUGUCUCACUGUUUUUGUUUCUGAUUACAUGUUUACAUAGCUGGAGUGGAGAUUCAUCCUCUUCCGAAGUGUUAUUACCAAAGCAGUUGUCUGACAAGGAAUUCCUGGUGAGUAUUAUAUCCCUAAGUCUUUUUUAAAUAGAUGGAAUAGGAUUGACACAAUUGUAAACAAUACAAAACCAAAUUUAAUCUGCUAUGGUUAGUAAUCAGAAAUCUGCCCAAUAGAACUUUUCAUGCCUGAGGUUUACUUUAUGUUUGCUCUAAUGAGGUACUCAGAAUUUUUUCAUUGUUCCAUACAUGUCAUAAAUCAUUUCAUUUUGUGAAAAGACAAAAAAAGAACAUCUUUCUUUAUUUCAUUACGAAGCUCGAAAAUUCACCAUCUUUUUUAUUCAAUCUAUACACAGAACAUUUUUGACAAUGCUGAUCUUUACUCAUGCAGAAUGUCUGUUAUACAGAAUAUAUGAACCUAGUAAUGACCUAGCUCACUGUAGAGUCUCUGUGGCUCAGUGGUUGUGUAUCUGAGCAAAGCAUUCCCAAGGGCUGAGGCACUUAGAAAUUUUUCAUUCUCCCACUCUUGUAGCAUAACCAAAAAGAAACUUUUUCUACUUCAAUAUCAAGGGAGAAAACACAUCAACUUUUGUAUUCUAUCUGAUUUACUGGUAGAUAUAUUUCCAAGAGAAAUAUAUUAAAUAUAAUAAGAAAAUUGAUUUCAAAUUUACGAUUGUCCUGGCAAUACCAUCCUUCUUUCUUUUGGAUAGUACUGAGAAUAUGGGAGGGAUAUGCAUUAAUGUAGAGGUGAGAAAUGAGGGGGGUUAAGUUACAAUUUCUGUGCAAUGCAACUCAAGAAGUGGGGAGAAACACUUGACUAAGUCUUGAGUUUCUCCCUAAACUUCUUCUGUGCUCUAGCUGCUUCCUGUAUGCUUUACAACAGAACCGAGCACAGUCAAGGCUUCUCCAUUUGUUAAGUAGAGAACCAUUGCAUUCAAUGAAAUAUGUUAACCUGUAGUUUGGGCAUUGUGUGAUGAACUUACAGAUUGUUGGUAAAAAUGAAAAAAUUGCUAAAAGAAAUUACUGAUUGUUCUCCACUGUAACUGACAGGAAGCAGAGCAUGAUGUGCUAAAAGCCAACAAUCACAAGUUGUUUUGGGUCACAAACUUUUAUGUUUGAUGUGAGGAAAAUAAAGUAAUUCGAUAUGCAGACAAUGUCUGCUGUGAUUUUUUCCUGUGACUUUCAAUAUAUAGUUUCCAGGCUUGGUCUCUUGACUAAAUCAUAAUCUGUUGAUUUUACUGUACCUGUCAAGAACAAGGAGCAAGUUAUACUAGCUCUCUCUCAUGUGUCCUACUGUAUAGGCAAAUCAACAUAAGACAACCAUAGCAGUUUUUCAGGGAGGGAAAGCUUUACACAUGAUAAGGGUCACUUGUUUGGCAUCCCUCUUCAAGGGAAAUGAUUUUUUGGAUUGGUUAUGUUGUUCAUGCAAGAAUUAGCUCAACAUGAUGGAUUGUGACCUUCAUUAAUCCAACCUUUAUACUAACACUUUUAAAUUUGCCAUGAUGACAAAAUCAUGCUCAAACUAAACCCAAAAUGCAUGGUGCUCCUUUCAUACAUGAUCGAUGUAAUGACAAAUCUCUAACAGUCAGUGAUCCCAAGUACACAUGAAAAAUAUCAGUAUCUAUGAUAUAACUUAGACACAAUGCCCACUCUGAUUGGUAGAAAAUCCAUUAUGUAUUAUGGUUAUCUUAAUAAACCCAUAGAAAACUGAAACAUUUUCUUGUACUAAGAAAUGGUGCCACACAGCUUCAGAUCUUCUGGACUAGAUUUCCCAAAACUGCUUGCUGGGAAGUAAAAGUUCACGUGUUUUUGCUUCGAGAAAAUUGUAGCAACUAACAAACAGGAUUUUCAUUCUGUAGCAAAAAAUAAGAAAAUGAAAUAUUUAAACAUAGAACAGCACCCAAGAAAUAUCCUUGAAUUGAGAUAAAUGUUAGACCUUGUGGAGAUUGCAAUUUCUAAGGAUUCAACAGGUUGAAUGAAAUUUGAUGGUAAUGAUUGCCAACAGCCUAUCCUUUUCCCCCAUUUCUUGAUUCAUAGUUUUCAUGGGUAGGGAGUGAUGUAAAAUGUAGCCCCAUUCAUUCAUUUAUUAAUGACUUCACAACCAGUGCAGCAAAUUCACAGUCAUUUUGUUUAAUUUUGUGAAUGCAGUGUUCAAAGCUUCCAUCCCUUGUCAAGAAUUUUGAUUGGGAAGUUAAGAAUGAGUUUUCCAAGUCUCUUGAUGAUCUUAAAAAGAAUGGUAAUGAUUGGCGAAUGGUAGCUUCUCGGCUCGGCUUCUCAAAUAUCAUACAACAACUGGAAAAGGUCUCCAAGCCAACUAUUGAACUUCUCAGGCAGUGCACUGACACAACCUGUAUAGAACUGUUGGAUAUUCUUGUAAAUAUCGAUAGAAGUGAUGUGCUGGAUGAUGUGGUCAAACAUUAUAAUAAGAGAAACACCAACUCUAUCAGACCACUGUGUCUAAGAUCUCCCACACAAGAGGGUGAGGAUGGCAAAAGCACAUUUUCUGGUCUUUCAUGGCCAUUGCAAGACUCUGGAUGCGAAAGGUAAGACAACCAACUGUUUUAUGUGAAAGUGACUGAUCAGAGUGACUUGCAGUUUCCAGUAAAGAAAAACCUCUUUCAUCAUGGUAGCCUUUCAAACUCAUUCAGAAUUCAUCAUUCCACUGGUUCCAUUAGUGACAUCAGAUUCCCUGAAUCAGGUGUGCACUAACAUGGCUGGUAAACAACAAAUACCACAAACACAGGCCUAAAUGCCAUGUACAGAGUUUGACACCUCAAAUUUUGGGAAAAGGUUUUGCAAAGAAAUCAGACAAAAUCUAAUGUGGAGUCUUAGAAAAUUGCACUAUUUUUGUUGCUUCAUGGAAUGUACACUAGCAUGAAGACACUGAGGUUGGAAACAAAGAAUACUCUCACUGUUUGCAAACCAUACUAAUCUGUUUUUCAGAUAAAAACAGAUUAGUUUGGUUUGAAUUUUAUUGGUCAGGUGUUAGGAAAUUGUUUUUAGCAAAUUAAAUGAAAGGCCUCUCAACAGCAAGGACAACAACAAAAUGACCAGAUUUUUCAAGAGAGUCGGUUUCUUUAGGGUAGGAAGAUCUCUUCCAUCAAAGGAAUAUAGAUUUGUUUUCAAAACUAAAAUUCAAAGAUAAGAAAUCUCUUUUGAAUUUCUCCAAAUUGGUUUACUUUUUGAUCAAGGUAAAAACAGGUAUAAUAAGUACAUAGUAUUUUACAGCUAAUGUAUGAAUGUUACAAUCUCUGUGCUUUAAAUGUUCCCAACAAUUAUGACUCACUUCUUUGAAAAAAUUGCAUCAGAAAGUCAAAUCCACUGAAGAAAAAAGGAGGGAUUCAACAGAAGGGAAUGAAAAUGCAUUUUUUUUUUUCUAGGUGAUCACUCACACAGACAGAAAUUUAACACAUGCAUUAUUUCUGAUUGAUGCAGAUGAUUGAAAUGAUGAUGUCUAGUGUUAUUUUCAGUGGAAUGCUUUACGACCGUUGAAAUCGUGUAAACUUUUGACUCUUGCAAUCCCUUUUGAUUUAAAAUUUUAGCACUGUCUCACUUUUACUCAGUCCAAUGGUCAAUUUCCUGAGUUGCUUCCCUAGCAGGCAAAUAGGUGGAGAAAGUUGCUUGCUCAAGUUGGAAAUCUACUUUUCAUGGACAAAGGGAUGGGUUUUUUUUCCAAGCACUGUCAAACUCUUAAUUGAUCAAUAUUUAUCCGUCUAUAUUUUUAUUAAAUUCUCAUUAGUAUGCUAUUAAGACUUAUAAAUUUUUGUUGAAUAGUGUUAAUUUGUGCAAAUUUGUGACUCUUUUCCAGAGAAGAUAAGCUGCAUCCCUGAUUUGUUGUAAAAAUUUUGGGCUUAAAGUUGUACUAAAUAUAUGCUGGUGUUGCAGUCAUUUAGAAGAAGACUUCUCUGAUAACUGUUUUCAAUUUUCUGGUGUUUCACAUUGCACCAUUGCUGUUAUUUUGUACAUGAAUAAUUUGACACACCCCCUCCCCCACCCACCCCAUUAUUUUGGGUAAUAAAAAAGAAUCACAGAAGGAAGAAAAGCCAGCAGGGCAAGUGACAAAAAAAUCGCUCGCCCCCCUUUCCCUAGCUCAAGGUCUGGAUUCACUACUGGAUAUUGUUUACACUAAACUUGUAAGCUUAUCAAAGUGUACUGGCAAGUGUUUUUUGUUAAAUGUUAAUUUGUGUUACUUUGUUUCACAGUAGCAUAUCAAAGGUGGGGCCAGAGGAGUCAGAUGAAACAGGUGAGUGACAUUGAUAUUUGAGCUGAGCAACAUUUACAUGGUAACACACCACAAUUAUCAGAAUUAGGGUGUGGCCGAAAAAAAAAGGGGUGACAAAAAUUGAACUACAACAUGUUCUGAUUAAUAAACAAUUGAGCCGGCCUUCAGGUGAAUCUGAAAUGAAUAUUCAUUGCUUUUCAUUACCCCUAUAAUUCCCAGGAAUUAUUAAAAUAACUUGUUUUUUUAUUCAUCACAGAAGAAGAUUUUCACUCAGAUGAAUCUAAGACGUUUUGGUUAAACAUUCCUGGGACUUACGAUCGAAAGGUAUUGUUUUCAUAUACACGUACAUGUGUUGUUAAUUUUGUACUCUACCCUGUAACUUUUAUUAACGUUUAAUUGCCAUAUGAGAACAAGAAAAAAAUUGCAGACGUUGCCCGUUUAUUGGGGGUAUAUCAUUAAAAAAAUACUGAAAGGUAAUACUGAAAAUUGCAUCCAUGAAAGAAGAUGUCAUUUAGUUAAUAACACUUGCAUAAUCGGAGAAGAAGAACUCCGAGUGCUUCCAAUCGGGUCGAACCUACGACCUUCCAAUUAGUACUUCGAAUAGUCUACCACUGAGCUAUAGGUGACUCGUGACAGGCUUAGCUGUUUAACUGGGUCCAUGAUGACAAACUAUGUUUACAACAACAGCCGCUGAAUAAAUAAAUUUCUUAGUUUCCAAAGAAGAAAUCGUUGUUCUCUACUAGAGGGCGAUUAGAACACUUUCAAUAGACAAACCACUGACUGGGGUGACUAUUAUCAAAUGAAUUUUGAAAAGGCUUGCAUCAGCCAAUUUUGUAAAAGGCUUUGCAUCAUCUUAGUUGUUAGAGGCUAAUGGGCUGUUGUUGCGGAUUUUGCCGUUACUUUCGGGUUUCACUUUUUUAGAGCUGGAUGGAUUUUUUUCAAGCUGCCAAGAACACUUGUCCAAAAGAAAUUCAGCAGGGAAAUGUGCAGAAAUUUCUCAGCAAACUGCUCGGCAUUGAAUAUGGUAACACAGUUGAUAAUUAAAUGAUAAGGUGUCAUUAUUUCAUGUUCGUUUGCUAUCACCUAGAAGUAUGUUACGUAAGGUUUGGGUCAUACAAUACUAUUCUUCAUGACGCUUAUUAAUGCCCCUGGGUUACCUGACUUUAGAGUUUAUUUUGCUGACAUUUAUGCAUUCCGCUUUCUUUUGAUGGUACGUUGUGAUCUGUUGGAAUACUUUUUGUUGUGUAAACCAAUCAAUUUGACUCGAUCAUCGUGCUUCAUCGUAAUUUACAACCUAUUGUACAGACAAUACUCCCUCAUCGUUAUCGUUAUCAUGAUCAUUAUCAUUAUUAUUUUCAUUUUCAUUAUCAUUAUUUUUAUUGUCAUUAUUAUUACAUUAUCGUUAUUAUUUUCAUUAUCGUUGUCAUUAUCAUUAUCAUUGUCAUUAUCAUUGUCAUUAUCAUUAUCGUCAUCAUUGUCAUUGUCAUCAUCAUUGUCAGUAUCAUUAUCAUCAUCAUCAUCAUCAUCAUCAUCAUCAUUUUCAUUGUCAUUAUCAUUGUCAGUAUCAUUAUCAUUAUCAUCAUCAUCAUCAUUGUUAUUUUCAUUGUCAUCGUCAUCGUUAUCGCCAUCGUCGUCGUUGUCACCUUCAUCGUCAUUAUCGUUGUCGUUCUCUAUUAACUUAUUACUAUCGUCAUCGUUAUCGGCGCUGCCAUUGACAUCCUAAUAAGAAUCAUCAUUGUCAUCUCUUUCAGUUUUCACUGAUAAUAUGAAGGAGCUCUUCUAAGCCAAAGGAAUAUCUUACACAACUGUCGUCAAGACACCAAUUGUCACGUUCAGUUUAUGUUGAUGGUGGCUUAGAUUACAUGAUGCUCAUAAUUUCGGGUUGAGUUCGACCAAUUGCAUGGGAACUGUUGAUAGUACACAGAUCACAUUUUUUAUUGUAUCUCGAUUGUAUUCAUGAAAUUACGUGUGCCUACAUAAGGUCUGUUAUCAGAGAUUUUGGCACUCAUUUUGUCUAAUUCUCUGUUUCUUUUGUUCAUGGUGUUAGCAACUGACAACAUCAGACUUAAUCAGUUUUUGGAGUUGGUGGCGCUGUUUGGCCCUUUCAAGCCAGGACGUGAGGGAUGCCUGCAAAAGGUGCUCUUCAAUUGCCUCAGAUAAUUGUUUGUGUCUAGAUGAGAAGAGACAAUUAAGGGGUUUUUUUUCGCGUAAUAAGUACGUUACCAAGGUUUCAGUGUGAAACGGCAACGGGAACGUCACUAAACGAAAGAGUUAAUGAACAGAACAAUGGCCGUGCACGUACGUUAUGGUAACUUUCUUUGUUUCCUCUCCAAAACUAGAAUGUGAAAUGGCCAAACUUUGCGUUGUAUGGAGAACGUGAACGACGAUGGCUUAUUUUUUAAAUUUUUAUUUUUAAUUUAACGAUGUUUUCCAUAUUCAGUUUCGAGAUAGUUUCGACUACGAGAAACAAACUUAAUUACUUUAGAGUAUCGUCAGAUUUUUAGGUAAGAUAUAAGUUAAUCUUUUUUAACCGACGUUGUCCACAGCGUAACCGUGGUAGGUCCUUAAAUUCCCUAAAGUGGGGUACUUUACUUGUAAUGGAAGUAUUUUAACCCAAAAAUAGUCGAUUGCAAGCACUAUAUCCUGCACCCAUGGAUUUCAAUAAAAGCCGCCGCGUUACCGGCAGUCUGCUUCCGCCUUUAUUCCUCUACACCCUAAAUUCAGUAUGCAUAGUCUCCAUACUGUCCUCCAUACACUUCCAAAGAGGCUGACAAGGUGAAUUUGUUUCACAAUCAAGAACUGCUUUAGUCGGUGACCAUCUUCUCUAUUUGCGUGACUUUCAUGUUUGAAUGAGGGGUGAUAUUGUAAGGACAAAUUUGAUGCCAGUCAAUCAUAGGACCGAGGGGUUAAGACCUCUCACCGCCUUCUGUGUAGCCUGUCAAUGGGCUUUCGUGUUUGGCUUUCGCGUGGACUUACGCACGAGUGAGUUACUUCCCGGCAGCCCAUUGGUUUUCGAAUUUCCUGCGUUUAACGAGGAACGUAACAUUCGGACUGAUCAGGAAUAAGAGGCAAAUUACAGAGGUUUCAGUAGUAAUUACUUAAACAGCACUCUCUAUAAUGACUAGAAUGCUGGAGAGUGCAUCUCCGAUCUUCUAGAUUUCAAACUUUUUUCCGGGGAAACAUGCCCCCUAAUACGCCCCCCUCCCUCCUUGUGGAAAGAGCCUUACAGCCGCCUAUUACACAAUGGGUAGCCGCUUAUGGAAAAAAAAUAUUGAAGGCCCCUGUAUAUUAUACAGUUUGUUUAAUUUAUUGAUAUUAGUUAACAACCAAACGCGACUGCCGUACCAGGAAUUCAUCACUCAAAGGCUUCACUUGCCUAGAAUGAAUAUAGGAUUAGGACUCGAAUGGACAUCUCACCUCGUCUUUCUCUCCUACAACUAUGCUUUUCAUGUGUUUUCUGUUCCUUGUUGACGAUUGAAGUUUAUCUAAUCAAGUUUUUAUUUCCGUAAGAAAAACCAUAGGAGAAAAAGGAAAAUUUAAGAAGAAUAUUCUCUAGUUUUUUUUUUCUAAGUAUUUAGCAGUGUAGAAUUUUAACCUCUUUGAAUUCCUCGCCCCAAUGGUCCAGAUUUUCAGUCUCUGGAAACAUGAUGUAAUACAAAGCAAACAGCUGUCCAGUGGAGUUAACUUUUCAAUCAUCUGACAUAAAAGUUACCGGUCGAAAAGUUAACUUUUUUGACUUGUUUACGAUAAUUAUUUUUCUAUUAUUCUUUUUUUUAAGAUGUGUGAUUUGAUGAAGGACUCAAUUUCAGUUCGAGAUGACGGCGCAAAAGAGAGGUAAAUGUAACUCGUCAAGGAAAGAGGAUACCAUAACUGUUGGAGCUGUUCGACGUAAGCGGUGACAUUCCUCCCUGCCCAUUCUCCCCACGGUCACACGUCCCAGGCAAAAAUUAAUGGUCUUUAACUAUAUCAGUGGGAUUUCAUUUGCUAUGUGACUUGUAGAAAUACCAGCAACGAUGUACCACAUGCUUGUUACGUUUAGGUGUUUUCGGAAAUACAGGCAACCUCUGAAGCUGCACAGUUUCUGUUUUCAAAAACAGUCUUCCAAGUUUUCAAUAAUUCCGUGUAAAGGAAUAUUUUAUAAAAUGACUGUGAUACUACAAGCGCCCUGAUUGGUCAAGAACCUAUCGGUUAUUGCACCGAAAAACCCAUAGUUUAUUUAUAAAAGUAAUAGACCGCACUCUAUCGGUUUACUGGCGUAAUAAGCGAGGUGGGUUAAAACCUCUUUCAAUGGAAUAUAAACUAUAUCAGGAUUUCGGUGUUCUUGUGGUUAACUUCGUUCUUUAGUAAUAGUGGUAUUGCAUACCAUGAACUACUCAUUCGAUUAUUUUCUAUACUGUUAUUCAAACACUGUCUUUUGUGCGCCUUACCAUUCGACGAUUCCAUAGGAUCUUCCUUAUUGCAUCCCAAAACCUAUUUAUGCAUUCAUCAUCGGUCAAAUAAUGAUAUUUUGUUGGUUAUGCAUAAUUGUUGUAGAUACAACAUCCAAUCGGUCAGAAGUUACCUAAUGUUGAAGUAUCCUCACAAGUUGGUUUGCAGGUCGAAUGAACGAAACCGAAUCAUACGAACGCCUUAGAGACCAGAUCCCAGGGCAUUUUCUUCUCCGGAUCAGUUCUUCCAAAGCUCACGAUGGUGUAUUCGUACUUGCCGUUAAAACAAGGGGUAGUGGCGUGGUUCAAAUUCAAAUUAAGGUAACUGACGUUAAUUGCAAGUGGAACGAAACGAUCGUUUGAGCGUUGUCUUCAAAUGAGCCAAAAACACCUUUGGACGCCGCAAUUUUAAGAACAUCUUUGUAACCUGGCCGCAUACGCAAAUGCGCGCUGCACAAACAGCUAGUACCUUUGCUACUAUUUUAUUUACAGCAGCUCAAUAUAUUUCAACAGUUCUCCAAUAGAAGAAGAAAGAAGGAAAGAAGGCUUUUUGGUACGAAACCCGUUGUUGGCCAGGUUCCUAAGCGAGGUUCAAAAUGGCGGCGGCCGUAAUAAAAUUAUAAUGCUCGUUCGUAGAUAAUUUUGGAAACUUCAGGCUUCUCUUUGGACGCUCAUAUCGUGAUCUGAGUUUAAUUUCACAAAUUCUUAUGAGAUAGUGAUGCUAAAAAGUGAGCCUACGUCUCCUUAUAAAAAGGCAAUUCUCUAUGACUCGGGACUUAAAACAAGACAAUUUUUUCGCACUUACGUUCUUUUCCUUGUGGUGCAAAUCAUGUUUCGCAAUGUUUUCAUUAUUAGAGAGACUUACAAAACAGCAACCUUCUGCUUGCGGACAGAGAAUUCGAAAAUCUGAAGUCACUCGUCGAUGAUUUGAGGCGAGAUGUUCUCUUGGAAAACUGCAAGCAGCUUCUAAUCAAUCCGUGCCCGGGACUACCGCUUAAUGCUAUUUUCACUGGCUAUGUGGAUGGUAAACCAAGACAAGGAGGUCGCGGGCGGGGGAAACCUCGAAAGUGAUUCAAGCUCAAGUCGACUGAAAAAUAUUCGUGACUUCCUUCUGCAUGAGCAGAGACCAUUUCACUUUUUCUUGACUGACUGUUAACCUUGCUGAGGUUAGACUUAGCAGUUUAGACGAGAAAGCUUAGGAAUUUUGUAUAGUUUCAAUAGUUUUUUUUGGUAGGAAAUUACCGAUAAUUUUGUUCCCAAAUAUAGAAAGGAGUUUUAUUUAUUUUUAUCCUGCGUAAAGGUGUUCUUGCGUGAUUUUUAAGUUAAGCCAAAAAAGAAGUGUACCCGAUGUCGAACUCCAACAAAUAGGCUGCCAACAGCUUUUUCCUUGAUUUUUACUACUUAUGUCUUUAACUUGUGGUGUGAUGAGCAGUUGCCGUUUAUGGCCAAAAAAAAUUCCCCUGAGCCAGCAAUUUUUGUUAGGGGGGUGGGGUGGGGGGGAGGCUUAUUGGAGAACUAGAGAACUUGUUAAAUAGUCAUUUGGAAGUAGACCCUAGAUAAUACCAGAUUUCAAAUACGAGUGUACCAUUAAGUAGAGUUUCAAAUUAGCGCAGGAUGUUCAGAUAUUUAUCUUAUUACAAUUGUUUUUAUUGUUUUCAUAAGUAUUUCUCAAACUCAUUAAUAAUUCAUGCUGAGAAAACGAAGGAAAUUACAACCGUGAAGGAAGUUUAGAUAUGUGAUCUUAAUUAUCAUAAAAUUUGGUGAACUUUUGCUUUGAUUUUCUCCAAGAAUUAUUAAUUGUUUGAGAAGCUAUAUCAAACAUUCGAAAGGGUGUUUCAUCCGAUAUCCAAACACCUUGAGGUUGGUUAAAAAAAAACUCGGCUGCGCCUGUUUUUUUCAACCACUUCUCGGUGUUUAGAUAUCGGAUGAAACACUCUUCCUAGUGUUUGAUAUAUUACAACACUGUUCGUCGUUGAAAAUGCGCGCAACUCAUUAUGAGCAUGCGCGCUUUCGUGUGUUGCUAUGAAAGUAAAGAUAGGAGCAACCUGAUGUUGUGCGCAGUGCAUUUUAUGACAUAAAUAUAAAUAAAUAAGUAAAUAAAUAGACUUUAAUGGCUACCACAAGUACUAGUGGACCCAGUAGUUUACAUUGUGGGCCAGGCAAGAUAGAGAAACAAAUAUUUCAAAUAAACGCAAAGUGCU